UUUACCUGUUUAAAUACUCAGUCAGUAAUUCGAGUGUUCAGAAAAGAUGACAGAUUUCUUCCUGUCUCACGACUGGGGCACAGAUGAGGUGGGAAGGAACAACCACGACAGAGUAGGAAAAGUUAACGACAAACUCAAGGAGAUGGAAUUUGAGACGUGGUUUGAUCAGGAUAAGUUGUCGGGGAAUAUAAUGGACCAGAUGGCAAAGGGAAUAGAGACCUCCAAAGUUGUUCUGGUGUUCUUAACUCGAAACUACGUAAGCAAGGUGACUGGAGACAAUGCUUCUGACAACUGCAAGUUAGAGUUCAAUCACGCAGCAAGAGUUCUGACAAGUGCGAAUCUGUUACCAGUAGUAAUGGAAAGUAGUAUGACCAACACAUCUGACUGGAAGGGAUCUAUUGGGAUUCAACUAGGAAAUAAACUCUACGUUAACAUGACUGGGAAUGUCAACGAUCCAGUUUAUUUGGAAGAGAAGAUACAGGAGCUUCUGGACAUAGUAAAAACCUAUCCCAACAUGGGUGGAGCAAGUAAGAAACUGCAAGAGGCAACCGCUGCUGACGAUCAAGCUGAAGAAGAACUCGACAAGGAACAGAAAACAAACGAGAUCAAAGCAAAGCGUGCAAAGUCUUCCCGUGGACAGAUAAAGUAUACAGUAACAUUUACUAACAAACAUGACGAGGAAGUAGAUCUUAUCUGGAAAAAUUACAAAGGAGAGGAAGUACAAGUACGACAGGGGAUAUCCCCCGGACAAUCACACUCGGAGUGUUCCUACCUGACACACCCUUUUAUAGCACGUGACAUUAUCACUGAGAGAGUGUGCUACUUCCAGCGGGGUUCUGUCAAGAAAGUUGUGUUCGAGGGGAUGGACUUUGGGGCUCCUCAUGACGGGAGAAUUGACGUGGAUAUUCUGUGAGGUGUCAAUGGAAUGUAAGGUUCACGUGAAAUGUGUGAUUUUAAAUACUAUACUGAGAUGACUUUAUUCGACGACCCGUCCCAAUAGUAGAUCAGAUCAACUGAGUAGAAGUUACGCUAUUUAUACUUUGUAGAGCUGCAGUUACAUGAUUGAGUACUUCUUCCUCAUGAAUUUGUAUUUAAAACCUGAAUGGUUUUGAGCUAAUAUCUGUUAUAUCUAGACUGCUGUAUGACCGUCAUAAUGUUGUAUCUAAAACAGCAUUGGUCAUUGGACCAUUCAAUCUAAAAGGAAGUUUGUCUGCAAUGUACAAACGUACAAGUUACAUAAACAUCAUUUUCAACCUGCAAGUUAAUAUUUUUCUCCCCGUUAGUAAUCGGCCGCAGUGUAUUUUGUGCCUUCAGUCAGACUGACUCUUCAGUCUUCAUGUUACUACUUACUACUAGAACUGUGUUUUAAAUUCAAUUUAGUUUAUUUAUCCUAUUUUAUCUUGCUAACAAGUUGACCAGAUGGGCUCAACCCCAUCCAAACAAAGAUCUUUGAGGCGGACUCUUUCUUCACGCAGCCAUACAAAGAAACCUACGCUCGAUAACAUUAACUUACUAACUGGAUUUGUAAAAAAUAACGGUGAUGUGUCACCUAAAUCAUACUCCUCUGAAAAUGAUACUAAAUCAGAUCACAAUUUCCAUAAUAUGUCCUCCGAACAAGGAACCGGACAUGCAGACAAGGUGGUGAUGUUGAGAUACACGGUGAAUUGCAAAAACGAACACUCAGAUCCAAUUGACAUCGUAGUGAUAGAAGAUGAGAAUGAGGUCGAUUCAGUGGUGAGAAAGAAGAUAGCUCCGGGUGGAGCGGCUAGUUUUGAGGUUUUAGUGUUUAAAAAACCUCUGGAUGGUAAAGUGUACGUUCAUGUAUAGCGUGUAGCUACUAAGCUGGGCCAAAGUUGCAUUUUAUCAUUUCAUGCCUUUACAAAAUCGUUACGCUGGUUAAACAGUAUUAUAUGUAAUUCUAGUGAAGGGUCUCAGAUUACCUUUUCGAUGACAAAGCAGUGCCUUCUCCAUUCCGUGACACUCGACACUGCAAGUCUAAAUCCACUACAUUAUGGAUGAGAAAUGAGUUCUAAAGAUACUGCCAGCCAAUCCCGACUAAAGCUGCGAUUGCCCCGGUGGGGAUGCUCAACCUCAUUUGUUGCAAUUGCUCUGUAGAGGCUGAAAACCCUUGUCAGUAUUUCCUUUGGCUGACGGAAGUAUGUCUCCCUGCCUGUGAUCAAUGUCAUGGAUUAAGUUGCACCAAUGCAAGACAAGACGAUUCAGGAGAAACAAACAAUUUGGAGGAAAUAGCAUAACCAAAAAUGACCUAUUAGUCGCCAAUAAAAGACAUCAUGUUAAUAAUUCAGAAUUUGAUCAUGUGAUAUAUACAUAUUAUACAUUAUACUAAGUAGUGAUUUAAAGUUUCAAGUUAA